UUUUUUUCGAAGGAGCGACGAGAUUCUUGGGUUUUCUUGCAGGAGAAGGCUUCAAGAACACACCGCCUUCUGCCGGGCCCGAAUCCCAAAUCCCGCUCGUCGACUUCGGACCCGCUGUGAGCGCGGAUCACCCGGACCAUCCGAUCGGCCACUUGGUAUGUUCUACCAACGGCUACGAUGACGCGUGCGCCACCGCGGCUCCUCGAAUCCUCCGCUCACAUAUAACGCGGACUGUCCGAUAGCAAGAUCCACGAUAACCAGAUCCACCAGCCACUCACCGGGCUCGUGUCUCUUUGGAAGAAAGCGUCGUUUUUCUUCGGAAAGAAAGCGUCGUCUCCGACUCCUCCAUCCUCUGCGGCCCAACUGAGGUAAACCCCGACCCAUUUUCUCCCCCAUAUGUAUCCUCUUCCAUUUGGUACUUCGAUCUCGCCUCUCAUCCAAUCCCUUUGGCCGCCGGCAACCUCCAAUGGAUUUCCCUCAGAUUUAGGGUUUCUUGCACAAAAACCCUAACCUGAAAUCCCCACCAAGGGAAACCCUGGAAUUCUCUCUCCGCCCUUUACUUGCAUGGCAUCGGGGCCUCUGGUAGGGGGCGGCACCGGCGGUGACGGCUCGCGGGAGAAGCAGCGGUGGACGGAGAGCAACAAGGUCUACACCCGGAAAUCCCACAACAAGAACCCCAAGCCCGCCUCCAACCCCCAUCCCCCUCCCUCCUCCGAUCAAACCCCCACCGCCGCCACAGCCGCCGACGACGCCGCCAGCUCCCCUCUCCACCCGCCCCCGCCGCAGCCCCCCGCCCCCUCCUCCGUUGCCUCCGACGAUGACGCCUCCAGUCUCAACCGCCCUCAGCCUCCUGAUGCAGCUCAGCGGAGCCAGCCCAACGGCCACAGCCGCAGCGUCACCAUCAGCCUCGCCUCCCGGUCGAGGCAGGAGAUCCGGGAGCUCCGCCGCAAGCUCACUGCCGAGCUCGAGCAGGUCCGUGCGCUCUCCCGGAAGAUUGAGGCCCGAGAGGUCCAGAUCGCAGCCGCCGCGGCCGCCGCUUCCUCCGCUCCGGCUGCCGGGUACACCCACUCCCAGCUUUCCGUGACCGACCCUAACACCCCUGUUUCUACCAAGACCCCCGUUUCGGCCCCAUUCCGCCGCCAGCCCACUGUUUCUGUUGCCACCGAGAACAACCCUAGCGAGGGCUUGGAGAAGGAGAAGCGGACGCCCAAGGCCAACCAGUACUACCGGAACUCUGACUUUGUCCUCGGGAAGGAGAAAUUUCCACCCCCUGAGCCUCAUGGCCACAAGAAAUCCAAGGUUAAUGGCAGCAAGAAGCAUAGUUUAGGGGAGCUGGACCAUGCUGGGGAAAAGAAGCUUUAUGCCCAGGCUUUCAAGAGCUGUGCUGCGCUGCUCUCCAAGCUGAUGAAGCAUAAGCAUGGGUGGGUCUUCAAUAGCCCAGUUGACGUGAAGGCCCUCGGCCUCCAUGACUACUUCAGCAUCAUCAAACACCCGAUGGACCUCGGCACCGUAAAGUCCCGGCUCAGCAAGAACUGGUACAAGUCCCCCCGGGAGUUUGCGGAGGAUGUGAGACUCACCUUUCGCAAUGCUAUGAUUUACAAUCCCGAGGGGCAGGAUGUUCACAUCAUGGCCAAGCAGCUGUCCCAGAUGUUUGAGGAGCGGUGGCCUGCCAUUGAGGCCGAGUUUGCCUACCAUUCCCACACACCUGCGCCCAAGAAGCCUCUGCCACUUGAUAUGAGGACUUUGGAGAGGUCAGAUUCCACCAUUUAUCCUAUGGCAGUAGAUUCGAAGACGAAGCCAGUGAAUUAUGCCCCACAUAUUGGCCGGCCACAGGCCCUGAAGAAGCCGAAGGCCAAGGAUCCACACAAGAGGGAUAUGACAUUUGAGGAGAAGCAGAGGCUGAGCAAUAACCUACAGAAUCUGCCACCAGAGAAGCUGGAGAACAUAGUGCAGAUCAUUAAGAAGAGGAAUUCAUCUGUCUACCAGCAUGAUGAUGAAAUCGAAGUGGAUAUAGAUAGCGUGGAUGUGGAGACACUCUGGGAGCUUGACAGAUUUGUGACCAAUUACAAAAAGAGUCUGAGCAAGAACAAGAGGAAGGCAGAGCUUGCUGUUCUAGCCAGGCAAGAGGCUGAGCGUAAUGCCAGGGAAAUGGUGCAUGAAAGGGCUCAAAAGCCUAUUCCCGUGGAAAUGCCCAAUGAAAGUAAGACAGUGGCGGAUGAGAAGUAUGUAGCUUCUUCAUCACCAGCUGCUGAAGAAACAAAAGGGGAUAACGCCAGUAGAUCAAGUAGUUCAAGCAGCUCUAGCAGUGAUUCAGGAUCCUCAUCCACUGAUUCCGACAGUGAUAGUUCAUCUGCAUAUGGAUCAGAUGUGGCACGUUCACCUAGAACAUGAGCAGAUUCAGUGCAGAUAUUGUAUUCAAAUUGACAUCGAAUCAGGACUAUUGAUGGUUUUUGUAUGAUAUUGACCCAUUAAAGACACUGGCUUGUUAGCUUGGCACCAGCUUUUCCUUUGGAAAACUUUCUGUUUUCUUCGUUGUCUCUUAAGACUUGCAGACUGUUGCUAGGCUCCUGCAGUUGCGGUUAGCAAGCUGGUGGAAGCCACAAAGUCAUUGUGGGGGGAUCUGUAUUUGUCUUAAUUUGCAGUUCCUUUCUGAUGCAAAUUUGUAUGUAUUGUAGGAAGUGAUUUAUAGGUUAGAGGGGACGCUUUCCUUCGGUCUGAUCAGUGGUCACAGAUAAUGUAGCCAAUGUAUAUUUAGUCCGUUACAGUUUGCUGGUGGAGGACCCGGGUCCAAGUGGAUUUAGCGGUGCCAGUUUCUUGGAAACAUAAAAACUAAUUUGGGGAAUCUGGGAAUAAACAAGACCGGUUCUGCUUUAUACUGGAUCAA